AUGGCGAUAAGAACUGAAUUAUGUUCAAAUUUUCCUUGUAUUUAUGCGUUUUGCUUCAACUCGCAAAAGCGGAUUUGUUUCAGCCGUUUCCCUUCCCAAUCAACCCUUUGGACAUCUUCAACAUUACAACGUUGUCACAACAAUUGUGAACAAAAUGGGACUCGGCAAUGUACAAAAGAACAGAAGCAAACGCUGACUGAGAACAGUUAUGCCAUAAAACAACUUGACGCGUUCGGAAAGAUUCCACCAGCUUUGCUCAAUCUUGCUAUAGUGAGCUCAGGUUCUUAUAGUGAAUGUAUAGAUGUAACAGCACCUUAUCGAGUGCAGUACUGUUUUGUGAAUGCCGUUCCCACUGAAGGAAUCAACAAUUUUCUGCCUGACACGACGCUGAAUCCAGCUAUAUACGACGUUGGUAUUGGGCCAAAACUUGCGGUAUGCAUGCCAAGUAGCUGUACACAACAGGACAUCACAAAUUUCUCAAAUAGUGUCAAUGCAAACAGAACGUUGCCUUUGGAAUUUACCAGCACUAGCUGUGUGCCGUUGACCAACAAUUACACACUUUCGUUUUGGAUAUUUAUGAGCUGUGUAGCAUUUUUUGUGUGUUGGGCGGUCUGCGCAACUAUUGUUGACUAUGUCUGGCAAACAUCCUUUGAGCAUAAACAACAAAACAAGGCUCUUCAAAUAUUUCUUGCUUAUUCCGUAUGUAGCAGUGGAUCCCAAAUAAUGAAUGUUAACCAACCAAAACAAGGGACAAUCAAAUCCCUGGCAUCAAUCCGUUUUAUUUCCAUGACAUGGGUUGUUGCCGGGCAUGUCUUAACACAAGAAGCCUCCAGCGAUACGCUUGCGCCUGUUCUCAAUAUAUUCAGUCCAAUCUUAUCUACAACUAUCAUAAACGCGUUUUUCUCUGUGGAUACAUUCUUUGUUCUUUCUGGUAUACUCGUGACAUACACAUUCUUCAAAGUCAGACCAACAACUGAAUAUAUUAAACGUGCAUCGUUAUGGGUCAUGUGGUAUGUGCAUCGCUAUAUCAGGCUCACUCCACCUGUUAUGGUUUUUCUUGGUUUUUAUGUAGUCGUGCACCCACUCGUGAACGGACCGUGGACAAAGAGUAUAUUUUCAUGGUUUGAUACUCAAACUGCCACCUGCGAAAAGUAUUGGUGGCGUAAUAUGUUGUACAUAAACAAUUUCUUCAAAUACGACGAGAUGUGCUACCUAAUUACGUGGUAUCUUGCAGUUGACACACAGCUGUACUUUGUUGCUCCAAUUUUUCUGAUUGUCCUGUAUAUGUCUGAAAUUGCUGGUAUUAUUCUUCUUAUUGCGUGUAUCGCUGCCAGUGUUGGAUAUGUGUAUGCCAUUACUAUCAAGCACUCGUUUCCUGCUGUUAUGACGGGAAUGUUCGCUUUAGAAAAUUAUGAUAAAUUUUUUACAACACACUACGAAUUGCCUUGGACUCGUUGCCCUCCUUAUUUUAUUGGCAUGAUUGUUGGUUAUGUUUUAGCAACAAAGAGUAAACCAAAGCUAAGCAAGUUUUUUGUGAUACCACUGUGGAUGCUGGCAACUGCUAUUGCUUUAGCUUCUCUUUAUGGACCUCAUAGCUAUAUAAAAGGAGAAAGCAAUUGGGGCGUAGCUGUACGAGCAACCUACAACAAUUUUUCUCGAAUUGGAUGGGCUCUAGCAGUAGCGUGGGUUGUUGUAGCUGACCACUGGGGAUGGGGAGGAUUGAUCGCGGAAUUUAUGGGACAUCCUUUAUGGCAGCCGUUGGGUAGACUAUCCUAUUGUGGAUACAUUGUUCAUCACUUUCUCAUUCGAUAUGUGUAUGACCUAGAUGAUCGACCUGCGCAUUUUACUUCUAUUUGGAAAACGUACAUUUGUAUGGUCAUUCCCAUUGUCGUCGUCUCCUAUGUGUUCGCAUUUUUCUGGAGUUGUCUUUUUGAAGUACCCAUAGUGAAAUUGGAAAGGAUGUUGACAGAUGGACUGUUUCCAAAACAAACUUCCAAACCAAAGCUUCAAGAUGGAGUUGAGGGACACGCUGCCAGCAGCAAAAAUGUUGCUGAUGCUGGCGGUAAUCAUACAUUUCCCGAAUCUUCCAUCGUUCUUAAUGGCAAUGCUAAGGACGAUGGCAGCAUUGUUAGCUACCAGUGGACACAAGUCUCAGGUCCUACAAAUGCUUUGUUGGUGAAUGCCGACAAAGCCAAAGCAACAGCAUCGGGGCUGAUAGAGGGUCAUUACGUGUUUAUGCCGUUGUGGAAGACGAUGGAGAUAAAAAUGAACCCCCAGUUGCGCGAGCCUUCAAUGCCACUGAUCCUCAUUGUGGGAGUGGCGUUUGCUGCUGAUUGGAAAGUGGCUAAUGUCGAAAGGACUAUCGAUCUGUCAUCUCAGACGAUUUUACCAGCGUCGGCCAAGGAUAUAUACUAUAGAGAUGAGAUUGGAAACAUAUCAACAUCAGCUGUGCGACUUCGCGCUGAUUCUGUUGAUGUCGAACUGAAACCGAGUUACAUAUUCCCGCUUUUUGGAGGAUGGCGAACUUCCUAUGUUAUCGGUUAUAAUGUGCCUUCUUUCGAAUAUCUUUACAAUAAGGGCAAUAAUUAUGCGCUAAAAAUGAGAGUUCUCGACCAUGUUUUUGACAAUGCUGUGGUUGAAAAGCUUACAACGAAGAUCAUCCUGCCAGAAAUGAUAAGAAAAGCGAGGCUUAUCACACCAUACAGCAUGGAUAGAAGACCCGAUGAAGUCCGCGCUACAUACUUGGACACAACUGGCAGAACAAUUAUAGUGUUGCAGAAAGAAAACCUUGUUCCAGAGCAUAUCCAGUCUUUCACUAAUUUGGAAAUUAUGUCAUACAUUUUCAGCUGUUUUACGAUUGAGUUCUCGCAAAUGAUCCGCGAACCAUUGCUCGCCACGGCAUUUUUCUUUGCACUCUUUACCGUUGUAAUUAUCUAUGUGCGGUUCGAUUUCACAAUCGUUGCGGAUCCGGCACGUGAAGCACGCGAACGUAUCUUGGGAAAGGUGUCGGGUCUUUUCGAGACUUUUUACUUUAGCAAGGAGCAGAUGAGGAGCGCAAUUUACGACGAGCAUCUCUAGCACUGGCUCAUCAAAAUAACAAAUUCAAUCUUGGCGCUGUUCCCGAUGACAUCAGUGGAGAAAAUUCGUUCUUCAUAUAUGCAAGCAAAUAAAUAAUAUGGGCCAACUGCGACUGCAAUUUAAACUGUUCCACAAACCGUUGUCUUGUUGGAAAGGUUCAUUUUUUUACACCAGUGGGUGUGAAAUGAUUAACGAUAUAAGAUGA